AUGUUUGCUUACGCGCUAUCUAGGAAUAUGGUAGUGACUGUCGGAUUUAGGAAGAGAAUGGUCUUCAUGAACAGCAACGAUGGUGAAAAGGGUGGCUUGGUGUCAGACUACUCGUCACUUCUUUCCGAUGUGGUUGGAUUCAUGAAGGGAUUCUUGGGACCUUUAAGCAGACUUGGAGGUGUUAAGGGCUACUCAGGGACGUUUAAGAGAUCACAAUUACGGCUUGAAGGGGUUAAGGACGUUAUUGCUGUUGCUUCUGGUAAAGGUGGCGUUGGCAAAUCCACCACUGCUGUUAACUUGGCUGUUGCACUUGCUAAUAAGUGCCAACUGAAGGUGGGCCUGCUCGACGCUGAUGUUUAUGGACCAUCCAUUCCUUUGAUGAUGAAGAUUGACAGGAAGCCGGAUAUUACUGAAGAUAAAAAGAUGAUUCCAAUAGAGAACUAUGGAGUUAAGUGUAUGUCGAUGGGAUUUCUUGUAGAGAAGGAAGCUCCUAUUGUAUGGAGAGGUCCCAUGGUGAUGAGUGCUCUUGUGAAAAUGACCAGGGGAGUUGAGUGGGGAAACCUUGACAUUCUUGUAGUGGAUAUGCCUCCUGGCACCGGUGAUGCACAGCUAACCAUGACCCAAAAUCUGCAAUUAUCUGGUGCAUUGAUUGUUUCAACUCCACAAGAUAUUGCUUUGAUGGAUGCUCGUCGUGGAGCCAAUAUGUUCUCGAAAGUUGAUGUUCCUAUUUUGGGAUUUGUCGAGAACAUGAGUUACUUCAAAUGCCCGCAUUGUGGUGAACCUUCAUUUAUUUUUGGGAAAGAAGGAACUAGAAGUGCAGCUGCUUCGAUGGGUCACAACUUUAUUGGUGAGAUACCAUUAGAAAUGGAUGUCAGAAAAGGUUCUGAUGAAGGUGUCCCUGUAGUGAUUUCAGCACCUGAUUCUGUGAUCUCCAAAGCAUAUGGUGAUACAGCACAAAAUGUUUACAACAAACUAGAGGAAUUGGCAAAGGAACAAUCUCUCCAUCCAGAGAUUAAUCUGUAA